CAGGUUCAUAAUAAAGGUGCUAAAACAGAGAAUGUAAGACAAAAAUAACAAGAUUUUUGCUGAGUCUCUUCAACAGGCCACGUGUAAGGUGAAUCUCACACUCCCUGUCGCCAGUAGCUGGACACAAUGGAUCACAUGGGGGCCAUAGACACGGAGGACGAGCUGGGACCUCUAGCUCCUCUUGCGCCAAGUCCUCAGAGUGAAGCGGUGGCUCAUGAAUUCCAGGAGCUCUCCCUGCAGUCCAGUCAGCACCUGCCCCCUCUGAACGAAAGGAAGAACGUGCUCCAGCUGAGGCUGCAGCAGAGGAGGACGCGAGAACAACUAGUGGACCAGGGCAUCAUGCCACCUUUGAAGAGCCCAGCGGCAUUCCAUGAACAGAUAAAAAGCUUGGAACGAGCCAGAACUGAAAACUUUUUGAAACACAAGAUUCGGAGUCGACCAGACCGUUCUGAACUUGUCAGGAUGCAUAUUUUAGAAGAAACAUUUGCAGAGCCCUCCCUGCAGGCUACUCAGAUGAAGUUGAAAAGAGCUCGGCUGGCCGAUGAUCUGAAUGAGAAGAUUGCUCAAAGACCUGGUCCCAUGGAGCUGGUGGAGAAGAACAUCCUCCCCGUGGACUCCAGCGUGAAGGAAGCAGUUAUAGGCGCCGGGAAGGAGGGCUAUCCCCACAGUCAGGGCGACUUCUCAUUCGACGAAGACAGCAGUGAUGCUUUGUCUCCCGACCAGCCAGCUAGCCAGGAGUCUCAGGGGUCCGCCGCAUCGCCAAGUGAGCCAAAAGCCAGGGAGUCGCCAUCUCCUGUGACCACAAACACUCCAACCCAGUUUACUUCAGUGACCCCAACAGUUCCUGAAUUCUUGAAAACACCUCCCCCUACGGACCAGCCUCCCACCCGGUCCACAGCUCCCGUCCUUCCCACAAACACUGUGUCCUCCGCAAAACCUGGCCCUGCCCUGGUGAAGCAAAGCCAUCCCAAGAAUCCGAAUGAUAAACACCGCAGCAAAAAGUGCAAAGAUCCCAAGCCACGGGUAAAGAAGUUAAAGUACCACCAGUACAUUCCUCCAGACCAGAAGGGGGAGAAGAAUGCACCCCAGAUGGACUCCAAUUACGCCCGGCUGCUCCAGCAGCAGCAGCUCUUCCUGCAGCUGCAGAUCCUCAGCCAGCAGCAACAGCAGCACUACAGCUACCAGGCCAUCCUGCCUGCGCCCAUCAAAAAUGACAAAAACAGCAACAGUGGGACUCCGACUUUGAGCAGCACCACGCCCAGCACCCCCCGACAGAGCCCCGCCGCGCCCGGCAGGAAGCCGGGGCCUCUGCCUUCCAGUCUGGAUGACCUUAAGGUAUCAGAACUGAAGACAGAGUUGAAAUUAAGGGGACUGCCGGUGUCGGGCACCAAGCCAGACCUCAUCGAGCGCCUGAAGCCCUUCCAGGAGGCAGGCGGCGGCCUUGCUGCGGGUGGCAUGGUGGCGGCCUCCGCUGCCAUCGUCACCAGUAACCCGGAGGUCACCGUGGCCCUACCGGUCACAGCGCUACCCAGUGCUGCCGGGCCGGGCCCUGUCCCCACGCUCAAGGCGGAGCUGCCGCCCGCCGGAGCCAGCCACCCCACCCCUGCGGACGCCGCUCACUCCCCCCUGCCCAUCUCCCCCGCGCCCUCCGAGCAGUCCAGCCUCAGCACCGACGACGCAGCCAUGGCCGACACGCUGACCGAGAUCAUGACCAUGAUGUCACCCUCGCAGUUCCUGUGCUCGUCCCCGCUGAGAGUGGCGAGCCACGAGGACAGCCUGAGCCCCGCCAGCAGCACGCUGUCCACCCUGGAGCAGGACGCGGCCGAGAAGGACCGCAAGCUUCAGGAGAAGGAGAAGCAGAUCGAGGAGCUGAAGAGGAAGCUGGAGCAGGAGCAGAAGCUCGUGGAGGUUCUCAAGAUGCAGCUGGAGGUGGAGAAACGAGGCCAGCAGCAGCGGCCCCCCGAGCCCCAGCCCGGCACGGCCCCACAUCCCGUCAGCAGGUCGGACCCAAAGCAGGGCAGCAGCGUGCCUCCCACCGUCAAGGACGAGGCCUCGCUCCCGGACUGCUCCAGCCCGCGGCAGCCUGGCCCCGUGGCCGGCCACUCGGGAAGCCAGCCCGUGUCCACCGGUGGCCAGGCCCUCGUGGCCAAAAAGGCCGUGGUCAUCAAGCAGGAGGCGCCGGCCGAGCCGCAGAGCAUCGUCUCGCAGUUCUAUGUGAGCCCCCAGGGACAGCCGCCCACCGUGAUCGCCCAGCCGCAGGCCUUGCUCACCACGCAGACGGCCCAGCUGCUGCUCCCCGUCUCCAUCCAGGGCUCGGCCGUCACCUCAGUGCAGCUCCCGGUGGGCGGCCUCAAGCUCCAGACGCCGCAACAAGCAGGAAUCCAGCCUCAGAUACCAGCUGCUGCCUUGCCCUCCGGCCUGGCCCCCGCCGGGCCUCAGAAGCAAGACACUUUCCCACAGCACGUGCUCAGCCAGCCUCAGGUUUUUACAACCUCAGCGCCCACUGCGAUCCUUCCAUAUCAGAGACAGCCUGCCCCCGCCGUCCCCGCCGCGCCCCAGCCCUUCAUCACUAAGGCCGCCAACAGCACGCUUCCCGCCAGAGCUGCCCCGCUUGCUCCCCCGCAGAAUGGGCCGCGAUUGGCCCCACUUCCUCCCCUGCAGAACGGGCCCAGCGUGCCCAGCAAGCCCAGCUCGCCCCCUCCAGCCCAGCCAUUUGUCGUCCAGCACUCUCUGUUUGGGACCCCUGUCACCAAGACUAAAGACCCGCCCCGCUACGAGGAGGCCAUCAAGCAGACGCGCAGCGCGGCCCCGGCCCUCCCCGAGAUUUCCACCGCGCACAGCCAGCAGAUGGACGACCUCUUCGACAUCCUCAUAAAGAGUGGAGAGAUCUCCCUCCCUAUCAAAGAAGAGCCCUCCCCGAUCUCCAAGAUGAGACCAGUGACAGCCAGCAUCACCACCAUGCCGGUCAACACCGUGGUGUCCCGGCCGCCGCCCCAAGUCCAGAUGGCGCCCCCUGUAGCCUUAGAGCCCCUGAGCAGCCUCUCGGCCAGCCUGGAGAACCAGCUGGAAGCCUUUCUGGACGGAACCUUGGCUGCGGCCGGCGACGUCACCCCGCUGCAGGGCGCGGCCGAGGACAGAGAGGCCUUCUGCCUGAUCGAGGACCUGCAGGCCGAGCUGCUGAGCCAGCCGGCGCUCGAGCCCUCACCCGCGCCCAUGGAGACGGCCGACGCGCCCUUCGCCGCGGGCACCCCCUGCCUGUCCCUCGACCUCUCGGACUCCAACCUGGACAGCAUGGAGUGGCUGGACAUCACCCUGCCCAGCUCGUCCUCGGGGCUCACCCCCCUCAGCGCCACCGCGCCCAGCAUGUUCUCCGCCGAGUUUCUGGACCCCCAGGACCUGCCGCUGCCCUGGGACUAAGGCGCUGCCGCACACGGCUCGCGGCCCGAGCGCGAGGAGGGGGGAGGCCCGGGAGCCGGCCCCGGAGACCCGCAUCUGCCGCCCCGCAGCCCACGUCGGCGCCGCUCCUGUGCUGUUUACCCUGGAGUUUGGGGAUCUCAUGGUAGAUCUCCAGGUUCCCAUGCUGUAAAACACGGACACCAGACAAUCCCGGGAAAGGCCCGGUCUGCGGAAGCCCAGAACCUUCUGUGAGCUGCGCUGGGGUGGAUGCCCGCGCCAUCCUGGCCCGUCCCGGUCAGGUUGCUGAGUUCCAGGGAACCGGGACCGCCGCCCUCCGCCUUGUAACUGGAUGUCCCCGCACCACCUGCCCCCUCGCCCGGACUGAAAAACUGGAGGCUUUUUCACGCAGAAACGGCUGCUGUGCUGUCACUUCUCGGGAGAGAGCUCCGCGCCGCGGGCCCCUGCGCGCAUGCGGGAUGUAAACGCGCGGGAGGCCGCCGACCCCCCCU